AUUCGCUAACUCAUCGCGCUUUUAGUAAUAACGUAACGUAAUCGAUGAGGAACGUUGAAUAGGCUGUUUUUUCCCUUUUGUGUUUUUAAAAAUAGAAAGGAAAGAAUAUUUUAAGACACAAAGAUUACAUCUGUUUAAAUUUAUACAUAUAUACAUAUAUAUAUUUUUCAUAUAUAUAUAUAUAUAUAUAUAUAUACGUAUAAUGUAUAAUGUAUAUAUGUAUAUAUGUAUAGUAUAUCUAUAAAAAUUUGUGUUUUAUAUAUAUAAAAAAAGUGAAUGAGUUGGUUUGUCCUUUUGAAAAAAUGGUUUUGGACGACAAUCGUAAACAAGCUGCCGGCUGUUUUAAGGCUUUGCCAGAAUUAAUCAACUCUCGUAAAUGGAACGAAGUUGUGAGGGAGAUUAAAGGGAUUUCCCAUAUUCUAUUGGAGUCAUCAUCCGAUACUGAAGAGAAAAGCGAAAAGGAUAAGAAGAGUGCUUUACUGCCUGAAGAUGUUCAAAAGAAUUUACGUAAUAAAUUUGAUACCGUUAAGGAAAUUUGCGCUGCAAAUGGAUCUAAUAUAAAGUUCCCACCAACUGCAAAUCCUACGACGUCUGUACCACAGUCGUCAAAAAACUUAAAAACAACAAGGCCUAUCACUACAACACCCCCUGUGUCGUCUGUACCAUCGGUGCGAACUAUAGCAAAAGCACCUUUAGCAGUUUCAGCAGUGUCAUCACCUUCUACACGUUCAGCACCUUCAGUGCCUGUUGCGCGUGCAGCACCGCUAGAACUGCCCACCCCCUUAUCACCUUUGGUAUCGUCAGUACCCUCGGAGACCCCUCAACCUGCUCCUGUCUCCGCACCAGUGGUACCUUCCACUCCCAUCUUGACCUCUGUACCUCCUAGUGUGCAUUCUACACCCUUUACACCGUGUGACCCUGCUCGAGAAGAAGUUUACACCCGAGCACCAAUUGUAGAAGAGACACUGGUUAAAGAAGCUCAAAACAAGGAAACUACUCAAUGUCGAUCGGCAAGUCCUGGAGAGACGCCAACAUCGGCAGCCCAUAGUAGUCGUUUAGAACGAUUACAGACGUUAUAUUCUAGGGCCAAAAAUAAUUUACUUUUAGGUGAUGGUGUUUAUCAUGUACCCAGAUCUAAAAGACACCCUAUGGAUGUUGCGUGGAAAACAGGAAGUAAAUAUUUGAAACGAGUUUUAGCAGAUUAUCCCGAUAAGGAAGACGAAGAGAGUUGUCCAGCAUUAAAUAUAGAUUUCUAUAUGAAGGAUGGUAUUCAUCCAUUGGCUUGGGCUUAUUCGGAAGGUAUGAAAAUCAACGAUGAGGAACUGAAGAGAAAGAAAGAAGAGAGGUGUGACGUUCCCGAUUCGAUACCCAGUAUUAGAAAGGCUCAAAUUGUAAGUGACAAUUUUCAAGCGUUAUCGAGUGAAAAGGAGCUAAGAGAAGAAAAACAGAGCAAUUUUCCCAUUAAAUACAAGUCAGAUUCUAGCGAAGAUUUGCAAGAAAUUAAAGCAAACACAAUAAAAGAAAUGGCAAAAGCUUGCGACUUCUCAGCUCCUAAAAUUUCAACUAUUGAUUAUGAUGGAUAUGCAAAUAGGGUAUCGACCCUUAAGAGAGUUUUUGAGGGAUUAACGAAAAAAAACGAGAAUGGACGCAAAAUCCCUCGAUUUCAAGUGAAUCACAGUAAUAGUCCUAGUAUUACAUCUACAUCAUCGGUUAAUUUAACCUAUUUAUCGCAAAAAACUCAAAAUUCAAUAGCAUCUACAUCAUGUAUUGAUGAUAGCUUAAUUAAUCCAAUAAAGCUACCUUCCGUGGCGUCAGUAUCAUCGAAAUUCGAAGAAUUAACUGAAAAAGAUGAUGACUAUGGAAGUUUUUCUCGGGUUCAAUACGAAGGGAAUAGGGUUCACGAGGUGCUACUAAACAAGCAAAAACCUUUAUUACAAUAUAGAAAAGAAGAUUUGAGAUAUGCCAUUGAACAAGUUCAAGGGAAAUUGAGUAAGAUUGAUAAUGAACAUCCCGCUAAAAGACAUAUGUACGAAGCACUAAGUUCAUUAUAUGCUGCUAUCGCUAAACUAGAAAUAGCAGGCGAAAAGGCCGAAUCAGACGAAUCGAUUGCCGGAGCCGGCGAUUUGUGUUCCGAAUGCGGUAAAAAGAAAAAGUUGACUGACAGCCUCUGGUACGAUAACGAGAAAUUGUUAGACAAAAAAUUCGAAUCGUAUUUACAUCUGUGCUGCCAAUCACAUUAAGAAUUAUAUACGUACAUAUACAGAUAAACAUUCACGAUAUAUAUAGUGAA